CAGGGAGAGCCCCUGCAGCCGCCGCCCGAGCAAGCCAGCCCGCCCGCCUCCGUCGUCGCGGCUCGUUCUUGAAAUCAUGAAUCCUGUUUAUAGCCCUGGAUCUUCAGGGGUUCCCUAUGCAAAUGCCAAAGGAAUUGGUUAUCCAGCUGGCUUCCCAAUGGGCUAUGCAGCGGCUGCUCCUGCCUAUUCCCCUAAUAUGUACCCUGGAGCAAAUCCUACCUUCCAAACAGGUUAUACACCCGGUACACCAUAUAAAGUGUCCUGUUCACCCACCAGUGGGGCAGUGCCACCUUAUUCAUCAUCACCCAACCCUUAUCAGACUGCAGUGUACCCAGUUCGAAGUGCCUAUCCACAGCAGAAUCCAUAUGCACAGCAAGGCACUUACUACACCCAACCUUUGUAUGCAGCACCACCUCACGUAAUUCAUCACACCACAGUUGUGCAACCAAAUGGCAUGCCAGCAACUAUGUAUCCUGCUCCCAUUCCUCCCCCAAGAGGAAAUGGCGUGACUAUGGGAAUGGUUGCUGGAACCACUAUGGCAAUGUCAGCAGGUACUUUGUUGACUACUCAUUCCCCUACUCCAGUAGCCCCUCAUCCGGUUACUAUGCCCACAUAUCGGGCUCCAGGAACACCAACCUAUAGCUACGUGCCCCCGCAGUGGUGAUCAUCCUGGCAAAUGUUUGAAGAUGGGAGAUAUGCAAUCAAGUAAUUGAGGUUUAACAGUUGGUGCUGAAGCCCCUCAUGCCUCCAACCAGGACUUUCUUUCUUCUGAAUGCUUUCAACACUUUGCUAAACACUACUAAAUUCAGAUCACUGAAGAUUUCCAGUGCUGCAUAUCUUACAUCUUGGAACUCCAGUAGUUAGUCUUAAAGCAAAUCCUGUUUUGUGGACUGUCUUGCAAUUUUUUAGCUAACUAUAAUGAUCAAAAGGGAGUAUAAAUUUAUUCUGAUCCAUAUCUAGUUGAAUGCAUGUUUAAAACACACACACACACACACACACACACACACACACACACACAAAACACACAACACACACAAACAAGCUUGCUCAAUCUACCUGCAGUGACUGAUGCAAAACCAUCAUAUGCAAAAUCCAAAGGAACUGAAAAGUAUUUUACAACUUGUUAUCAAUGCACUGUUGUAACAUAUGCAAAGUCUUAAAAAGGUAGAGUCGUGAAAGUGAAUUUCUUUAUAGAACAUCAUACUACCCAUUAGUAAGUGCUUCAAUUUCUGGGGGGUUGAUAAGUUGACAGUUAAGGACAUGGAUUUUUUUUUUAUUUUAGGUAAUUAUAUUUCUUUUCCAAUUGAAUUCAGUUAAUACAAGUAGAAGUGACUGGAGGAAAGAUCUGGCAGGGUCAAAAUUCCUGCACAAAAUCAGUUUUCCAAGCAUCCCCUUUCAGUUGUAUUAUAUGGAGUCAGUGUUACAUAGACAUUCUUAAAGAUUAGAAUGAAAUGCUUGAUUGUGUGGCCAGUCAGAAGGGAUAAUGUGUGAACAAAGCAGCUUUUUUUGGCUGCCUAAAUUUUGAAUGCAAAUCUUUAUUACAAAAUUCUGGAGGAGUAAUGUUUUCUAACUGUUAUUGAAAACUCACGUGUAGUACAUAGUCAUCAUAUUUCCAUAUGAUGGAAGAUAGGUUUAAAAGUGAGACUGCCACACUGUUGGGAGGUAUCAGAUUCCAGUUUGUUUCAUUUGUAUCCUAAAGAAUGUUCUAUUCAGCUGAAAAAUGUAUGUACAGUUUGACCUAACUUACUUUAAAAAAUAGAACAAAACAUGUAGGGCACUGCUAGGUUUUUUCACAAACAGGCAAGAAUUCAAAGUUUGUGUGCUUAGGAAUUAAAGGGGAACAAAAAACAAGUUUGGGUUUUUUGUUUGUUUUUGUUUUGUUUUAUUUUUUUAAUGUCCUUAAUCUGAAGUUUAUUAUAGUGGAUUAUGCAUACAUUUGUAGCAGGGCUGUCAGAAUGUAUGAACAUUCAAAAACUGGGGAGUUUUUCUUUCAAUUUGCCAAUUGAUUUCUGACCAUAGUAUGGGCUGCUUGUGAGUCACAGUAUUUUUUGAUGCAAACUCAAAUUUUAUUUUACCUCAGAUGUCAUUUGGGAAGCAUGACCGUGAGUCCAGCUGCAGAUUAGGGUUUUCUUGUUGAGUCUCUUCCACUGUCCUUUCCUUCUUUCUUACAGCAGUAAUAAUUCAACUCAAAGUAAAUGCUGUUAGGGAUGAAGGACUAGCAUUAGAAUCAAUUUGCAUGCCAGAACUAUUGCUGAAAGGAAUUUAACUUAGAAAUCUGAAUAUUGUGCAAAAGAAGUCACAAGGGUUGUCUUUUUUUUCCCCACAGCUUGACUGACUUGCUAUGUAUGAAUCUGAUAAGUUUUAGAGCUUUUAAAUACUUCUGACUGCAGCUAAUGGUUACAAAAUUUUGUUCCCUUCCCUUUUAAGGGUUUACAGGGAGAUCUGUCAGGCUGUAGCGUUUGCAGUUUUGUUACACCCCACAAGUGAAUUUGGGUAACACCUGUUUUUUGGCAGGUGGGGUGGGAUAUCCUGCUCCUUUUGUGGAUUUGGCAGCUCCUUCAAGCUAGUACCCUUUGCCUCCACUUCAGCAUUCUUCUCUGAGGGAGAAGUAUAUGCUCCUGAACAACCAUUGAGAUGAGAGCCUUUAGUAACUUUAUUUUUUACAGUAAGCACUCUUCAUUUUUUUUUAACUUCAACAAUUUAGUUUAUAAAGUUUAGGAAUAUUUUUGCAUGGAUCACUGUAAACAGAAGACCCUUUAUUCCUAAUGCCUCUUGACAUACUUAUAGUAUUUACUUAUAAAUACUUUAAAAUGUUUCUUGAGCACUUAAUGCAACUUAGAGACUACCGUAUAUGUUUAUGGAGCAGAACUUUACCCCUAGAGAAAACAAUUUGAAUCUGUAGUGUUUGUUCCAAUCUGUUUUUCAUAAUUCCGUUUGUGUAGUGAACAGGUUUGCAGAUAAUGACUGGUAGAAUGCUCUACUCCAAGGACUAAAGUGAAUGAACUGAUAGAACAAUUUUUUUAGUUUAUCAAUAUCUAGUUUAGAAGAAGAGAUUCACCAUCUUAAAGUAUGUUCUCAAUUUUAGAAAAGUAACCAUGAGGUGUGGAAUCAUUCAGAUUUAAGAAACUACAAAAUGGCUUUAAAGCCUUGCUGUGUAAUUGUUCCACAGGAAUGAUGAGCAUGAAGCAUUGGAACCAUAUGAGGAAGGAUUUUCAUAAAUGCUAUCAUAGAUAGCAUUUUUGAAAGAUAGAGAUUCUUUUCUGUAUUUUACAUUUUUUAUUAACAUCAGGUUCUUAAAUGUAAUUUUUUUCACCCAGUGAUAGUUUUUCUUCUGUACCUCCUCCUUCUCCUUAUCCUCUUUUUAAAAAUUUAAGUAGUCUUGUUCAUUGAAUACUUUUACUAAUUUGCAUUAUGGGAUUCAUCCACAAAGAGAAAUUUUCAUUUUUUGCAGCUAUCAGGAUACCAUCUAUUAUAAGUGAUUAAUGAAAGAGAGAGAGAUCACUUCUGUUAACUAAGGACAUGUGUCUGGUCACAUGAAUAAUUAGAAUAGUAACAAAACAUGGUGGUAGGGGAUAAAUAAAUCUUAUCUUAAUGACAUUUUGUUAAAUUAAAAAAAAAUAAAGAGAUAACUAGGUCAGAAUUAUACACUAUAGAGUUGUAUUUUUAGGAGACAAAUUAUAGCAAUAAAGAACCUCCUGAAACCUUCUCUUCUUUUUAUAUGACAUUCCUGAUUCAGGACUCCUACAAAUGCAAGCGUUUAGCUGUACUGGGACUUCUUAGGAAAUGGAAGCAGGACAGCAGCAAUGGGGAAAUGUGCUGGUUCCUAUCAACAUUUGGCAGCUUUUAUAGGAGUGAGAUUUCUUGUGACAUAACUUUUAACCUAAGACCCGAGAGAGCUAGUGUAUCAGAUCUGUAGAUUCUACUGUUUUUAUUGCAAUAAAAAUCUUGUUUAGGAUCUGUGGUAGGUGUUCAGUUUAUUAAACCUAGUGACAUAUGUAGGCUAUUCUUUGGGAAACAAGGCGAAUUAUUGUUCUUAGAAAUUCAUCAGUCAUUGAUUGGCGUAUUUCAUUACUAACCAAGCAGUUUAGAAAAUUUAAAAAUCAGUCUUUUUAUAAACUUGGAAAAUAUGUUAGUAAAGUUAUUAGUUUUACAAAAUUGUUAUUCAUUGGAACUUUUUCCUUGUAUGCUAUGCAAAUGAAAUAUUGAUUCAGUGGUAAAGAACCAGCAAUCCUUUGGGCUAUGCUAUUAGAAAAUUUCCUUUCUUACCUACCUGUCAUUUUUACCUGGUGCCACCCUUUCAACCCGGUUUAUCAUGCCCAGGCUUUCUGGUGUCAUCUGGCCUAGACCUAAUGAUACUUGAAUUGAUAUGCUAUGUAUCUGUUCAUACUUUACUAGUAGUGAGAGGAAAUACAUUCUUGCCUAAAACUAGCAGUAAUUUAUCUAGUAGCUUUGCUCCUAUGUAUAUCCUGUGCUCCUGUUAUUUAUUUUAGCAUAUCAAUGGGUGGGAAAAGGCAUGGAACACAUCAGAAAUUUAAAACCUGUGUGAGAAAUCAAAUCCAAUUCUGUCUGCCUGCCUUUUAAAGAAAUGAGCAUUACAAAAAACAGUAUUCUGGAAAAUUUGGCUCGCUUUCCUUGCCCUUAGAUUUGUUAAUUUGUUGCAGGAAGACAUAUGUGUUCUAUGCUGUUUUGACUGGAGAACAUCAUCAUCAUCAUCUUGAAUUCUUCCUCUUUGGCUUGACUGAGUAAAGAAUGUUAGUCUGAGGCUUUUAGAGAAAGACCUCGAAAUAACUGUGCUUCAUUUAGCAGAGGGACAGCAGUAAGACCCUAGUCAAUUGUGAUUUAAUAUGGCUGUAGUAAAUUAGGAGUUAGAUUGGGACAAAUUACUUGUUCUAAUUUUUCUCUUGCUUCCUUCAAAGGAGGAGGGUAGUUCUCCUUGCAAAGUGAACUUAGUUUAGGUGAGGGGAGGAAAAAGUUCUGUCCAAGGCUUUCAUUUUACUACGCUCUCUUCAGGCAUCUCUCAGAAUUAUUUUUAAGUGGCAUUUGUACUUUAUUGGACCUACAUUUUCUAGGGAAAGUAGUUGAUACAUUUUAGAUAACACACCAAAAUCGAGUAAGUGGUUAUUUAGAAAAUAUUUAGAAGAAAAAUGCUAAAUUGGCCUUGAAUUUUUUUUUUUAAAUCCCUGAAGGAAGGGAAAGCCCCAAGUGACAUCCUGUAUCAUUCAUGCAGUCCCAGCUUGGUUCAGAGAUCUUUUCCAGAUUAAUUGGGACUUUUCUAUCAAGUUUAUGCACCAUUUGAUGAUAAGACAAGGCAGGGGGACAGUACUGAUAAAGGAAACCAUUGUUGGUGUACAUGGUAGAGGAGGAGGAAACGUGAUUAGCUUCAAGAGAAAAUGCAAACUGUCAGAUGCAAGAUUUGUGAACACUGACCACUACCAGAAGCCUAAUGCCCAUUGGUCAUAAUCACAUAAUGAUCAGCCUUUCCCAGCUUCCUGGAACUGAAGAGUAAAUUCUGACUGCCAGGUUGGUAGGGUCUGGUUUGGGUCCCAGCAGCAGGCUGUGUUCAAGGGUUUAUUUUAGCUGGUUCCUGUACAGACUUAUUUUUAAAUAGAAUGGGUUUGUUAGUGUUCUUUUUAUUGUAGCACUCUUACUGGCUGCCCUGUGUCCAAAACAAGUGAUUGCAUGCAACAGAAGUACAAAUGAAAAGGACCCAAUAAUAGUUCUCCAUAUUUUGUUACUGAGUAGACACAGGUUUCUUUUUUAUGAUUUUUUAAAAAAAAAAUACUGUUUUUCAGACAGUUAUGUUGGUACUUUUUUUUUUUAAGUUAGGUCAGUGUUGUCUUCCAAAAUGUUAAAAAAACAUCACUCACUUCUGCAUUGAACUUAUGGUGUCAACACAAAGGUGUGGAAAAUCCAUCCUGAGCCAGUUCAAUUAUGUGUAAAUUCAUACUUUUUUAUUUUUUAUGCAAUCCGAUGAGUAGAUGAGCUCAGAUUUAAAAUUCUUAAAAAAGCACGUUUAUUGUAACAAAAAUUGUUAUGUAUUAAUACUUCAGUUUUCAAUAAAGAUUGACUUGUGUUGCUUA